GAAGGCGACUAGUCCCGAAGCACCGGAGGAUGAAAGCAAGCUGUCGGCUAGACCUCGUCUCCAGAGGGGGGGCAGCUCUGCCUCCCUGCAUAACAGCCUGAUGAGGAACAGCAUCUUCCAGCUGAUGAUUCACACUCUGGACCCCCUCAGUGAAGAAUUUGCUGACUCUGAACUUGGAACAUAUGGAAAGCUAAAAUAUUAUCACACAAUGACUGAAGAAGGAAAAUUCCGGGAGAAGGCAUCCAUCCUUCACAAGAUUGCCAAAAAGAAAUGUCAAGUGGAAGACAGUGAGAAGGCUAACGGAGCAGCUAGUCGCUCAGAUAAGAAUCUUCCAAACAGCUCCAAUGUGGAGGUGGAGGUGACGCCGCCAAUGAACGGAACUGCAGGACAAGAGGGCGAAGCGGCUGAAGACGAGGAGGAUGAGGACCAGCCUCUGAGCCUGUCCUGGCCAGAGACCAACCGCAAACGCCUCACCUACCUCAUCAUCAUGCCCAUCGUCUUCCCCCUGUGGCUCACGCUGCCCGACGUCAGGAAGACAACUGCAAAGAAAUUCUUCCCCAUAUCGUUUUUGGGAUCCAUCAGCUGGAUUGCGAUAUUCUCCUACCUCAUGGUGUGGUGGGCACACCAGGUGGGAGAAACCAUUGGUAUUACAGAGGAGAUUAUGGGGCUCACCAUAUUAGCAGCCGGUACCUCAAUUCCAGACCUGAUCACCAGUGUGAUUGUAGCCAGGAAGGGGCUGGGGGACAUGGCCGUGUCGAGCUCCGUGGGUUCCAAUAUCUUCGACAUCACCGUUGGUCUGCCGUUCCCGUGGCUCCUGUGGUCGCUCAUCCAGGGCGUGAAGCCCGUGAGCGUGAGCUCCAACGGACUCUUCUGCGCCAUCGUCCUCCUCUUCCUCAUGCUCCUCUUUGUCAUCGCCUCCAUCGCCGCCUGCAAGUGGCGCAUGAGCAAGCUGCUGGGCUUCAUCAUGUUCCUGCUCUACUUUGUGUUCCUGGUGGUCAGCGUCAUGCUGGAGGACAAGGUCAUCAUGUGUCCAAUCUCUAUUUGAGCCCCCCCA